AUGUUCAAAGCAGGGAAGAAACGUCCUACUCUGCAGCGGCUGAUUGGCGCACUGGUGGACGACAUCCAACGAUCAGCCGACGAGCCCGACGCGGCUUCUGCAGCGUCGAGUGCCUUCACGCUUCCGGACUUGCCCGUCUCGAAGAUUCAGGGCGUCAGAGCUGGAAAGGGCGCUGCCUGGCUUGCCCGACAGGAGUCAGCCACUGAAAUGGCAGUUGGGAUUUAUACUUCGCGGCCCAUUGAGCACGUGACUGCGUGGCUGCUCAAGUCACAGAAAAUGGAAUCCUGGCUAGCGGCAGAACCCUCGGAACGCCCCCUGGUUCAGUUGACAACACCUGACAUGAGCGUCACUGUGCAGGCUCUCUGUGAAUAUUAUGCCGCGAUAACCUGCAUUCCCGAAGCUUCAGACAUCUGGGAGACACUCAAUGGAAACUUGGCUUAA